GAAAAAUACAUCUCCCAAAGCCAUACCUGAACUAAUCAUCUAAGAUUACAAAUUGUCCAAAAUCCCACUGCCAUUGGUCAGGGUCAAAUACCACAGGCUCUGCAUUCUGAGUAACUCUGUGCCACUUCAGAAAGUAGAAGCCAAAGAAAGAAUUGAACAAUGAAGACAUUUGCAAAUAUUUUUCUGGGACUUUUUAUCUUUGAGACCAUUGUGGCUGCUCCUACAAUAGAUACCUUAACUUAUGACUCUGAAACCUAUGAUGUAGCAUUGGAAGACUUGGAUAAUCUUUACGACUACAAUGAAAACCUCCCCGUGGAUCAGGCAGAGAUAGAGAUUGGAACCGUGUUACCUUCUGUAACUAGAGAGAUUCAUUCACCACCACUGCCAGAAGAAGCUGAAGAAGAAGCAUCAACACCAAAACUAACUGAUGGUUCUUCACCACAGGGGUCAGGAGUUCUUGGGCCCCAAACACAUGAUGGUCUUCCGACUUGCCUUCUGUGUACAUGUCUGGGGACCACAGUCUACUGUGAUGAUCAUGAACUCGAUGCUGUUCCUCCACUGCCCAAGAAAACCACCCAUUUCUACUCUCGCUAUAACAGAAUCAAAAAGAUCAACAAAAAUGACUUUGCUAAUCAAAACAAUUUAAAGAGGAUUGAUCUGACAUCAAAUUUUAUAUCCGAGAUCGAUGAAGAUGCCUUCAGGGAGCUGCCCCAGCUUCAGGAGUUAGUGCUCCGCGAUAACAAGAUAAGGCAGCUCCCCGAGUUACCUCCUUCCCUGACAUUCAUUGAUGUUAGUAACAACAGGCUUGGCCGCAAAGGAAUAAAGGAAGAAGCAUUUAAAGAUAUGGUUGAUCUGCAUCAUCUUUACAUCACUGACAAUAACCUGGAUCACAUCCCACUCCCACUCCCUGAAAGCCUCCAAGCUCUUCAUCUUCAGAACAACAACAUUCAGGAGAUGCAUGAAGACACUUUCUGCAAAAUGAAAGAUGUUACUUAUGCCCGUAGAGCUCUAGAAGACAUCAGACUGGAUGGCAAUCCCAUCAACUUGAGCAAGACUCCUUCUGCUUACAUGUGCCUACCCCGUUUGCCAAUUGGUAGCCUCAUCUAAGCUUCGACAGUAGCCAGCACUGUUGUUUGACAUGCCAGUGUCUAUGACAAAUGAACAAGUCGUUGCUACAGAAAGCCCAAUACAUAUUAUUUUCAAAGUUCAUUCAUUUGACAGGUUUUUAAUCAGUAAUUAAAUUAAUGAAAAAGACAAACAAUAAUGUGAAAUGCUAAAAGAUGUACUGAAAUAUAGACUGUGCAAUGCUAUAGAUACCAAUGCAUUCAAUACAACAACUGCAUUGAAUAUAUAGAAAAGGGGGAUCAGAAUAACGGAAUAUGUAUAACUUGGAUGCAAACAGAUGUAAUGUACGCAUGCUAAAAUUUAAUAAUUUUAUAUAGAUUUAAAUUAAUUAUAACACAAUAAAUGAAUAACACAAAAUGCACUAAAUCCAUGACAUUUUCAUUCUAAUUGGCUUCAUACUCUCAGUGAAAUACAAAUAUUUGCUUUCUACUUGUCUUCUAAAGCACCAAAUUGUUUUGGAGAAAUACUAAUAAUAUUCCAAAAUAUUUGGAAAAUGUUGACCCUUCCCUUGCAUCAAUACCAAAAUGUGAAGAAUAAACAUAUACAAGU